GCCACACGCGCACACACACUCUUUAGUUUAGUUUAGUUUAGUUCCCCCUGGAAGGGUCUGCACGUCUUGUCCCUCUUUUAGCCCCUGGGCGACUGACCGACGAAGUUUAAUUCUCUCUUUUCAUCUCCCUCUCAACUCCCUCUGUUCCUCGCGAUCCUCCACAUUUUACUCCUCUUCCCCCAGAGCGUUUCAUUUAUUCCGCUUUCGCCUGUUGACCUAUUGAAGUUUCCCAUCCGACCAGAGAGACUUGUUUCUCUCUCGCACACUCAUUUGGAAACCUCGUCUGUGAUUCGCUCCUUGAAAAUUCACUUCGUGCCUCUAUUAGAUUUACAGCGACAGCACUUCUGCAACUUCAACCUCUGUACAGACCUUGAUCGAAGCGCGCACCGGGUUUUGCUAUAACGUUGAUUCAAAACCGGAAGCAAGGUUCAAAUAUUGAAGGACCCGUGAUUAAAUUUCCAACUUAACACAAACACGAUGAAGUUCAACUCGGUUAUUCUCACCUUGGCGACGGCUGGUUCCCUCGUGGCCGGUCAGCACCACAACGCCCACCGUCAUCACCACAAGCGUACCGUUGACACUCAGGUCAUCGAGGCCAACGGUGUCACUGUUAUCCAGUACGAAUACCAAGGCCAAGUGGUCACCAGUGAGUGGGUGUGCGAGAAAAUCCGGGCCGGAGAGGUGAAGUACAAGGAUGGCCAACCCAAUUAUGAUCCCUGCCAACCUACCGCCUCUUCCUCUACCGUAUCUUCCUCUACCGCCGCUGCUGCUCCCACACAAGCACCAGCAGAAUUUGUGGAGACUUCCUCCGCCACUCCAGCUUCGUCGUCCAGCUCCUCAGCAACCUCUUCGUCCGCUGCUUCCUCGAGCACCCCCACGCAGUCGAGCAGCUCUGGUGCUACGGGCUUGGAUGCCGACUUCCCUGAUGGAGAGAUUGACUGCAGUACUUUCCCAUCUGCCUAUGGUGCCGUCGCUCUUAAAUACCUGAAGCUCGGUGGCUGGUCCGGUAUUCAGUAUGUUAAAGUAUCUGGCAGUGUUGUGACCGAUAUUGUCACUGCUGUGAGUGGUGACAGUUGCACUGACGGAGCCAUGUGCUCGUACGCUUGCCCCGCUGGUUAUCAGAAGUCUCAAUGGCCCAGCACUCAGGGCUCCACCGGCCAGUCCGUUGGUGGCCUCCAAUGUAAGAAUGGCAAGCUCUACCUUACUAACCCCACACUCUCCAAGAAGCUUUGCAUUGAGGGCACUGGUGGUGUUCAUGCUCAGAACAAGCUCGGCGUGGAGAUUGCCAUUUGCCGUACCGACUACCCUGGUACCGAAGCUGAGACCAUCCCUCUGGCCCUUGGCGACAAUGAGCUUCAGCCCUUGACUUGCCCUAACGGCAACAAAUACUUCAAAUGGCAGGGCAAGGUUACCUCCGCUCAGUACUAUGUCAACCCAAAGGGCACCAGCACCGAGGAGGGCUGCCAGUGGGGUGAUGGCUCCAAGCCUAUCGGUAACUGGGCUCCUAUCAACCUUGGUGUCGGUGAGAACAAUGGCAAGUGGCUUUCUAUUUUCCAGAACAGCCCCACCACCAGCGUGAAGCUCAACUUCAACAUUAAGAUUCAAGGAGACAACCUCAGUGGAUCUUGUAAAUAUGAGAACGGCAAAUUCAUCUCUGAGACCGGCAGCAAUGACUCUGGUUGCACUGUCGAAGUGUUGUCUGGCGAGGCCACAUUUGUCUUCUAUUAAAUAACCUGACGAUACUGCAUCGCUGCAAACGGGCACGUCCGCUACGUGACUUGGCCACUAUCAACCGGCUGGACUGGCCUGGGUAAAUAGAUCGCCGGCUCCUUUCAUGCCAUGUCGCCUUCAUGAUCUGAAGUCCAGUUGCUUGCUUUCUUCUGU